AAAAUGGACCUAUUGAAGCCACGAACUGUCCCUCUUUCCGAAGAGACUAUUCUUUGGUUCGAAUUUCUGCUGAAACCUUCGCUUUUAACCAAGCAUCUCGGCAAAACAAAUCCCGAUCCAUCACCCACCGAUCUUAUCACACAGUUUCUCUCAAAAGCACCGGAAGGGCAAAGUCAAACCACCGAGUUGGCACCGCCGGAUACGGAUGGGUCGCACAAAGCGGAAGGGUUGAAGUACAACAAGAAACAGCUCGCUCUAAAGGUGCUUGCCCUGAAGGUGGCGGCCUACAUGAGGUGGGAUCUAGACAAACUGGAACGCUCGGUGUCGGUGCCACUGCAGAUUCAACUGUUGGCGGAUUUGUGUAGUAUUACGGCCGGUAAAAUGGUGUUACUUCCGUCAUCGCUGUUACAGGAUCCGACACUUGUCGGUACGGACGGUUCAAAGCAUUCGUUCAACUUUGCGCUUACGCUUUACCAUCGGUGGGUGUUGCGAGCCCAGGUGCUCCGUGCAGCAGUUAUUAAGAACUUUAAAUCAAACUCCAAUCAUGGUCCCACCGUGACGGAUUUGACAACAUUUGUAUUACGCGACGAAUCUUCCAUUGCUGCCUUGGAACCCAUUACGCAGCAUAGCAUUGAUUAUUUAAAUCAGGUGUUAUUGGACCCGCAAGCAUUUCGUGUACUGACUUACGAUUCGUUCGUUCCGCUCGAUUCCAACAACGACAACACCCAGCAACGAUUCGAUUCUGCCAUCGCUAUUAAACCCUGCGAACUGAGAGCUCAGAUUCAUUUCGAUCUGUGCCAGUACUAUCUUUACGUGCAAAAGUACGAACUGGCACGCCACAAUGUACUUCUCUGCAAGGAAAACUAUGCCCAGUGGCAAAUGGAAGAGAUUGGACGGACCGGACUCCCACCGGCCUAUUGCACGGUCAAUGCGGAUGUUCUGCAAGGCUAUCUGCUAGCGUGCGGAGUCACCGGACAACCGAAUGGACUGCUGCAGCGAUUGCACGAAUCCAUUCUGAACCAUUACUCCGACAUCGUAAUAAUUCUAAAGGAAGAUAAUGUUCGGAAGGAAAUCCCAAUGACACAGCGCAAACUGCUCGAACUAAACAUUGAAGGUUACAACGCGAUCGGCAGUACCGAUGGUAAUCCGAUCGAGCAAAAAGAGCUGGAGCUGGCGGUUGUAGCGUUGAACAUCAUCCGGUACGCCAUGGACGGGGAUAAUAUUCUGAGCUGUAACGUUGCACUGCAGAAGUACAAAAAUCAGCAGCGAAAACUGAUCGAGUCGCUGUUUCAGUACGCGAACGAACAAUACGAACAAUUUUCCAUCGAGGAACGGGAACUAUUGAAAAAGUACUUUUACAGAAUCAUUACAUUGUACGAUGGUGAGCUGCUAGGACCGGCCUUAGACGCUUUUGUGCAGACGUACUCGAAGGUGGUAUCGUGGCAGGAGUUGAAAGACUUUCGAGCACAACGUACCCAGGUGGAAACGCAGCUGAGUGGUAUUGCUUUGCAGAGCGAUUGGGUGAUACCGGAGACGAAGAAUCCCAGACUGGAAGUUGGUCAGCUCGAACGACAACUCAUCUCCUGCACCUCGGCAAAUGCAGUCCGCAAGCUGUUGGUGAAAAUUGCGGGCACCAACCCAUCGAAACCACUGUUCACAAUCAACCCCAGCUGGACAAUUCCUUACCCGUUGGAGCAAAUUCUGAUACCUCUGCAGCGUGGCUUUCUUCAAGACUUUGCGUGCAUUCUCAUCGGCAAGGCUAAGGAACUGACGGCUCGCAAAGACUAUGCCACUGCCAUCACACUGCUCACGGUGCUAAAAAACGAAACCCAACGACCAGAACUGGUGGGCAAUCCACUCGUGGCUAAGCUUGGCAAAAUGGUCUCUUGGGAAGGAUUACUCGUACAGAUUCAACAAGUGCUGGAUGAGUGGCCCAGAAAACCGGUCGAUCAGGUGCAGCUUGUUCGUAACUGUAAGCAGUGUUUGAAUUCUGCCAUCGGUACCGCUGCCAGCAACGAUCUAAUGCCGCACGCAAAGGUACUCGAACACUGUGCCGCCCUGUUACUAAACUUGAACGAAUGGUCUGCAUUGCUAAUUGCGCCGGAUAAACGUUUCCCCGGCGUGGAACUGUGCUCGGCCAUCACGCAAGCUUUUCUAGACAUUGAAAAAUUUAAAGGAACGAAGAAAACGAACCGUGAAGCGUGGGAAAUGUUACUGCCGAUGUUCCUCAAUCCGUCCGGUUCGCGGCAGCGGCAACUACCCCCCGACAGUCCGCUGGUACUGCUGAUCGGGAAGCUCAGGGAACCACUUGUCAUUUCGAUUCUGCUGUCAUUGCUUGCGAGACUGCACAAUAUUCUGCGCGAUGAACCGAAUGCCGAAAUAAAUGCCGAAUACAUGUUCCUGUGGCCAUCUAAUGUGAAUAAUGCUUCCAUUUACAACAUCAAGCUGGUCACGGAAGCGCUUAACCUGGUACUUAACCAAGCACUUCGCUACUACCCGAACAACAUUCCCUGGCUAAAGCUGAAGGGCGACGUAGAGUUCGUGGCGAACAAUUUCGAGGCUGCCAUGCGCUACUACGUGACGGCUUUAAUUUCUGGCACCGAGUACUGUACCGUUCAUCUGCAGAGGCCACUAUUUGACGAUUUUCUCAUCCGGCGAAUGGUGAAGUGCAGUACGAACCUUGGUUGCUUCGUGCAGGCCGCGGUCCUUUGCCAGUUCUUCGAUGAAACCGACUACGGAUUGGCGUUUAAAAGCAUCAGCGAAAAGUCGGCCAGCUAUUCGGAUGCGAUGGAUUCGUACUACAGCUGCAUCUGGGACUCGACACUGCUGGAGUAUAUUGUGAAUUGGCAUCACAAGAAGGGCGAACACAAGCGGCGAUUGCAAGCGGUCGCUUUUAUCGGUCAGCUGGAACUGAACGCAAACAACAACGAGGAAAUUAAGCGUGAGGCGGCUGCCGUUCGAAAAAAUCGCUUUCUACGAUCACUUGCCAAGCAGUACAUGUGCUGAGCGGAAUAAAUUGAUCGCUUGA